CUUUUAAGGGCUCUUCUAGGUUUUCCUUCCCUGCUCAGUCAUCUCACAUGUGGCUCUGCAUUUUUCUCAGAUUACGGCUGCUAGCUUGACAGAGAUAUCAAAAGAUGGCAAAAAAGAAGAAUCCGCAGGUUUUUAUGGAUGUAUCUAUUGAUGGAGAUCCUGCUGAAACAAUGGUUUUUGAGCUUUUCCCGGAAGUUGCUCCCAACACAGCAGAUAAUUUUCGGGCACUCUGCACAGGCGAGAAGGGUGUUGGACUCAGAAGUGGAAAACCUUUGCACUACAAAGGAUCAUUUUUCCAUAAGAUUAUCAAAGGUUCCAUGGCACAGGCUGGCGACUUUGUGAAUCGAGAUGGUACUGCUGGGGAAAGCAUAUUUGCAGGAAAGUUUCCAGAUGAGUUGCCCAAACUAAGGCAUGAUGAACCUGGUCUUUUAUCUAUGUCUGUUGAUGAACGUGACAAGCUGGGAUCACAAUUUAUAAUCACCUUUAAGCCGAAUCAUCAGCUUGACAGGCGCAAUGUUGUUUUCGGAAAGCUUGUUCAAGGGAAGGAGGUACUAAAGAAAAUUGAACGUGUGGGUGAUGAGGAAGGUAAACCUACUGUCACUGUGAAAAUAAUUCGCUGUGGAGAAUACAACGAAGACAGGAAGAGAAAUGGUCUAAAGAAGGGAAAACACAAGAAAUCUUCAAGAGAGAGAAGAAAGAAGAGAAGAAGGCACUAUUCAUCUGAAUCUGAGAGUUCCCCAGAUUCUGAUACAGAUUUGUCUGAGUCUGAUAGUGAGUCAGAUUCAUCUCUUUCCUCAUCAUCUGGCCUAAGCUCUUCAAGUGAUGACAGAAGGAAGAAAAGAAAGAGAAGUUCAAAACGAGAUAAGCACAGACGUAUCAAACGAAGAGAUAAACGGCGAGAGAAAAAGCAAAGGAGGCAUGAUAAGAGAUCAAAGCGCAAAUCGAGAAGGUCUCCAGAUAGUCUCACUGAUGAAGACAGUAACAGUGAAAGUGAAACCAGUAUUAGUGAUGCUGGUGCUGAUGUUCAAGGAAAAGGGCGGAAGCCUAAAACAUCCUCUGCCAGAGCAGGGGAUUCUCUGUCGGAUGUGGAAAAAGGGGCUGAAUCUCGUUACCAGGAGAAAAGGGUGGAGCAAGCUUUGCUUGAGAAGGAUGAUGGUGAAACACCCUUGGAAAACAGAGGCCAGAGAAGCAAUGGAUUACCAGAUGGUUCAUCUGAACAGAUUUCUGAUAGGCAUCCUGAUGACCAUCCUGGCAAAUCUAGGAGCCGGAGCCGGAGCCGGAGCCGGAGCUUGAGUCCUAAGAGAACAGCGAGUAAGAGUAUGAGUAUCAGUCCCAGAAGAAGUCAGAGUAAGAGCCCAGGCGCAAGUCUUAGGCGAGGUCUGAGCAAGAGCCCUGCUAGAGGAACCCCCCAUGGAAAUCUGAGAAACAGCAGAAGCAGAAGCCUUAGCAGGAGUCUUUCAAAAAGUGUUAGCAGGAGCCCCAUGCACGCAAAAGCAGGAAGAGAGAUUAGCAGGAGCCCUGCAAGGAGUAUGAGCAGAAGUCCAUUCAGAGGGAGGGCAGAGAGGAGUGGAAACCUGAAAAGGAGUAUUAGCAGAAGCCCCGUGAGUGCAAGAUUAGAAAGGAGUGUUAGCAGAAGUCCAGUGAGGGGAAGAAACACCAGAAGCCCUAGCAGGAGCCCUGUCAGGUCCUCGUCUCACAAAAGCAAUAGUAGGACCCCGCCUAAAAAAUCAUCGAUAAGAAGUGGUAGCAGGAGCCCUGUCCGUUCAUCUAGAAGAAGUUUCAGCCAAAGUCCCAUCCGAUCUUCUAGGAGAAGUGUGAGCAGGAGUCCCAUCCGAUCGUCCAGGAGAAGCAUUAGCAGGAGUCCCAUUCGAUCAUCUAGGAGAAGCACUAGCAGGAGUCCCAUUCGAUCAUCUAGGAGAAGCAUUAGCAGGAGUCCAGUCCGAUCAUCCAGGAGAAGCAUUAGCAGGAGUCCGGCUAGAGCAAGGAGAAGGUUUAGUAGAACCCCAUUUUGGGCACGAAGCAGGAGCCCACGCCGUAGAUCUUCGAGGAGCCCAACUCCUGUACGGAGGCCUAGAUCACCUCCCUCUGAUCGCAGAAGAAGUUUGUCAAGAAGUGUUUCUCCUGAUGGGUCUCCAAAGCGUAUUAGACGUGGAAGAGGUUUUAGCCAGAGAUACUCCUAUGCGCGCAGAUACAGAACCCCAUCUCCAGAUAGAUCCCCUGCAAGAUCUCAUCGCUACGGUGAUAGAAACGAUCGUGAUAGAUAUGGGGGCUACAGAAGGUACUCAACAAGACGGUAUAGAAGCCCACCAAGAGGAAGAACACCUCCAAGGUAUAGAAGAAGCAGGACAAAAAGCCGCUCUGUAUCACCUAGUCCCCGUUACCGUGGCCGUCGCUUUAGCCGCAGCCCUAUACGUAGCCGUUCUCCACCUAUACGUAGCCGUUCUCCACCUUUCACCAAGAGAAGAUCACCUUCCCAUAGCCCGAGCAGAAGCCCGUCGAGAUCAAGAUCCUAUUCGGGGUCCCCCAGGCGAGCAGGGAAAGCAAGAUCAGUGUCAAGAUCACCAUCCAAGUCAAGAUCGCCAUCAAAGUCGACCUCAUCAUCAUCAUCAGAUGGGAAUAAGGGUUUAGUUGCAUAUGACUGAGCCAGGUAUGGAUCUGAAACAAAGUUUCUUCUGCGUCUUUUUUUUUGUUUCUUUUCCUAAGCGAGAGAGAACCUUAUCCUGAGUUUAUCAUGUCCUUUGCUAAGAGUUUGUGUAACAGUGGAACAUCUUAAUGUUUGUGUUUUGAGCUCUGUGCUUUUAGGUGUCUUGUAUUAUUGCAGAUGGGUUCAUUAAUGUCGGCAAACAAAUUUUAUUCGAGAUUUAACGUCUAGUUUCUGUGUUUUUUCUU